AUCUGACAGAGAUUCAAAGCUUCCACCUUUACCAGUUAAAACUCGCUGGAAUAGUUGGUUUAAUUUUGUAUUUUGGUUAGAUACUAAUUUCUUACAUUUGGUUUCAUUAGUUCCAAAAGAAUCAUUAAUUUCUGAUGCACCAAAAUUUAUCAUGCAAUUAAAUGAAAUUGAUCCAGGACUUAGCGAUAAGGAUAUAGCACCUUAUGUUUUCUUAUGCGUUGAAAAUAUAAAGAAUUUAUUAAGAGCUGGCAUUGAAAAUCCUCCUUUAAAUCAAACUCCACCACCCCCACUCUCUCCUUUAACUACUUCCACUUCCUCAACUGUUCUCACUACUUCCACUAUUUCUUCUUCUCAUGCUCUAAUUUCCCCUUCACCUCUUCCACCACCUUUAUUACAUGAAGAUGUUGAUUCAUCUUCUGCUGUUAAUAUUAAUGAAUCUAAUUCUAUCUUAUAUCUUAUUGAUGCAUCCUUAUUAGUAUUGGAUAUUUUCAUUUGCAGUCAUUCAUGGUCUUUAUAUCAAAAGAGAAAAGUGACUGAGUCUGAUUUUAUAAUUAUAUUAAAUUUUUUAAGUAUAACUCUCAGUGCAAUUGGAAUGAUCAUUGGAUGUGGUAAAACAACAAAGGCAAUUCUACAAGGAUUAACAACUAUAAUUUUAUGGGGUAUUCCAGUAAUAUCAAUAUAUGAUGAUUCAAAAUUUUUGGGUUAUAAACCAACCAAGAUUGAAUUUGAAAAGGACAUGAUAAUUUCCACAGCUUUUAUAAAUUUUUUAAAUGCAGUUCGUUUGUAUAAUAAUUCAAAAGAUUACAAUUCUUUUAAUAUUGAAAUUUUUAAAAUAAUUAUGAUUUUGAUCAGUAAUCAUAAUGAGUUUCUAAAACCAAUACUAUUAAUCAUUCCAUCAACUGUUCAAG